CGCUCGUUCUCUCAGGAUGAUGGGCUUUCACGGAACGACGAAUCUGGAAUUAGUCCAGUACUUAAAAGUUUCCGGAGUAGUUGAAUCGAAUCUCGUAUUCAACACGAUGAAGACGAUCGACCGACGAGAAUUUAUGAUCGACCGAUCGAAAGCUUACAUCGAUGCACCUCAACAAAUAGGCCACGGCAAAACCAUCAGUGCCCCGCACAUGCAUGCCCGGACCCUCGAGGCGUUCAGCGAGCAGCUGAAGAACGGCAAGAGAGCACUAGACAUCGGCUCAGGAACUGGAUACGUGACCGCUUGCAUGGCUCUCGCUCUCGGAUCGAAAGGCUGCGUGGUAGCUAUCGAGUGUAUACCAGAACUCCGCGAUAAAGCCAAACAGAUCAUCUCAAAUAAUUACCCUGCUCUCUUGAAACAAGACCGCAUCAAGCUACUUUAUGGUGACGGUAAACUGGGUUAUGCUUGCAUGGGUCCGUACGACAUCAUUCACGUUGGGGUAGCUGCAGCUGAAAUUCCACAAAACCUUAUCGACCAAUUGGCAGUGGGAGGCCGAUUGUUGAUGCCUGUUGGGACGAGCGCUCACGCACAGGCCUGGAUGCAAAUCGACAAACUACCCGACGGACAAAUUAAGCAGGAAAAAUUGCACGGCCGGGUGCAUUACGGAAUGAUGAUGGCUGUGACCGAGCUGGAUAUUGAAAACCGACACGAGUUCAACAACAACGUGACCAAGGAGAGCGCGGGAAACGGAAUCGAAGAUUCGAGCGAUUCCCUUCAACCCGUUCCCUCGCUUCCGGAUAGAAAGGAAUUGAACGCCGAGAGCCAGGAGGAUCGUAACAAAGAUUACGAGACUAGUGACAGUGACAGUGACGAUGAGUUCAGUUCGGUGGAGAUUGACUCUCUCGACGGCAAGUCCCACGAGACCCAGAUCAACGUCGAUCGGCAGCAAUCGGAACAGACCGUGUUUGAACCGAAUGACUCGGAACUGCCCGCUUGGGCAAAGCGAGAGGCCCCUUCCUGCAUCGAAUCGGACAUUACCGAUCAAGAAAGUUUCGUCAGUGACGAGGAAAAAAAUAUCAUUCUUGUGAAUUCGCAGCAAAUCGAAGAAUUAAAACAAGUCACAACGGAUGCUCGAAAUUCUCAGGGGCAAGAUACCGUCGAUAACGACGAGACCGUCGGCACUUGCGAUAAAAUACCAGAGCAAACCAAAAACGAGCAUUUCGCGAUUGAGCCCAGUGAUAUUAUAAUUACUAGUCAUGUAAAAGUCGAUCCAAACUUGACGUUCAUAGAAAAUGAAAUUCAAGUAGAUGAAAAACAGCAAAUCUGUAUGGAAGGUGAUAAGAUGGGAGACAAGUUGAGAGAAAAGCGGGAUUCUGGCAUUUCAGAGGCAUCCAUUGAAGAGAAGGAGGAUGAGAUAAAAAUUACCGAUUCAUCCGUAGAAUCACACCAACAAAAUGAGACUCAAGAAAAAGAAAAAGAAACCGAAGAAGCGAUAAAACUUUGUAAACCGUGGGAGGAACUAGAAGAAAAAAGUGAAGAUUAUAAAGAAGAAUUUAAAAUGUGCAGACCUUGGAAAGAACUACAUUCCAUAAAUACUAUUGACGAAAAGAUUGAGGAAAGCAAGGAAGACUUAGAAAUUGGUGAAAAAUCGAAAGAAUUGGAACAAGUAAUCGAAAAUCAAAAAAUCGAAGAGAAUUUUGAAAAAGAUUCAGUGCUUGAAAUACCAUUGGAAACAUUAACAGAUGACAGUGACAAUCUGAAAAAAGUGGAAGAGACAUGUGUCGCAAAUAUUAUUGAAUAUAACCACGAAGCAGAUAAAAACAUUGAAAGUACAAAAGUUACCCCCGACGAUGUUAUUUUAAACGAGUUUAAAUCUGAAGAAAAUAUCGAAGUAAUGAAAGUUGAUACAAGUACAGAAGAAAAUAAUAAAACCAAUAUUAAAAUCGGCAAAGAUGGCACAGAUGAUAUAAAAUUAAUUCCCGACGAAAUAAAUAUCUGCCAAAAAUCUCAAGCAAAACCAGAAUGUGAAUUGAAUAAUCAAUCAUUUGAAGACAAAAAAGAGACCGGAAAUGAUGCGAUUAUCAAAUCCUGCGACGAAAUCGAAACAAAUGAUAAACCGAUAAAAAAACAAGUUACAUUUGAGCUCGAUGAUGAUCCAGAGAACGAAAUCUUGAAAAAUCCCGUUGCCGAUGAAGAUCCUCAGACAUGCAAUGCAAUAGUAGUUAAUGAACCGAUACAAGUUGCAGACAGUAACAAAAAUUUGAAGAAUGAGACAGCCAAAAAAGUAUUGAAACUACCACCUAAACCAACGACAAUCGCUGUUUUAGAGAAAAAAAUUAAAGAUCAAGACAAGGCGCUGAUCGAAGUGGAGAAGAGAAAUUUAAAAUGGAACGAACUACAAAGCGAGCUGUUCGAGGCUAUGACUCAAAAAAUAAUUGCGCUGGAAAAAAAAAUUGAAGAUCAAGCUUUGGAGCGUACAGUAUCGCAGAAAACCAUACUGCUACAAACGAACACUACGAUGCAAGACUUUUCCAGGCUCGAAGUGGAAAUAAAAAAGUCGCUCACUAGAUUGAGUCGCGUUGAAGAAAGAGUCAGAAAAAUUAACGGCAGUAGAACUUCGAUCUCGGAAUGCUCCGAAAGUGCGUCUAUAAUCUGCGACGAUCAAGACUACGAGGCGCUCGAUCAAAACAACGAUUUAUACGAAAAGAUCGUCAAUCUCGAGGCAAAAAUUAAAGAGCUGGAAAUCGUGGUGAAAAAUCACAGUAUCAAUUUGAUAACGUUAGAGGGAAAAAUCAUCGAAGACGAGUCAGUGAAGGCAGCCAAACAAAACAGAGAUUUGAAAAUCAUCGUCGAAGAUCGACACUACUACAGCACACUGCAAAAUCAAUUGGAAAUCGUAGCGGAGAAGCUUUCGAAGCUCGAAGGCGAGCUGGAAAUGUGCAAACAAAACGGAACUCUACAAUCGACUAACAUGCAUACUGACAAAGAAACGGAAAACAUAUCAGAAUUGUAUCGGGAAAUUGAGCGAGUCGUUCAAAAGCUCGAGGAAGCCGACAAGAAGCAGUGCAACGCCAAUGCCCAAAAGGAGGAGCAGCUGCAGUCUCUCAUCGAAUCAGUCAUGAAAAUGGAAAAAUUGAAAGAUCUUUCAACGACCAUACACGAUGAGCUAGCGAAGAAUAGCGAAAGGAUCGGGCAAUUGGAGGAAUCCAUCGGUCAAAUUUUGAGCCAUCAUAACGAUUUGAAAAAUAAUCAGGAUGUUGAUCACGAAACGACGAAAAUUACGGAAUGUAAGCAAAUUAAUUCUGAUUCACAAGUUAUGGAAAAUCACUCGUCGUCAAAAUUGACACCGUCGAUUAUUGAUCUGAUCGAACUAAUGGAAAAGUCAGUGCAGGUGCAAAAAGUCAUCGUCGAGCAUAAGAUCGCAGACUCGGAGAGCAGAUUUUCGUCCUUGAAAAAUGCCAUGAAAAAUAUCGAAGACAUUGAAGAGCAGCUGGUGUCGCUUAAAAAUUAA